UCCAUUCUCAAUUCCUCGGCUAUGCCGAACGCACACGAACGGUACUCGAGUGAGACGCGGCCCUGACGCGGCGCGGGGAGGGUGCAGCACGCUCGCGGCAUGACCAAUAGUCGACCCGCACGUUGAGUGCCAACCGCGCGCCUUUACCGCGUCGUGCCGCAUGACGUAACCAACAUGGCGUCUGAAAUACGCCUAGUACAAGAAAUCGAAAAAUAUGAAUGUCUCUACAACAACUAUUUACCGGAAUAUAAUCGUAAAGAUUUAGCAGAUGAAGCGUGGACACAAGUAUCGCAAAGUACAGAUUUAACAGUUACGGAAUGUAAAGAGAAAUGGCGUAAUAUACGCAGCUCUCUACUCAGAUCUCUAAAACCUAGUGAUAAGACAAAGAAACCGUAUUACUUAGCGCCGUAUUUACACUUCGUUUUACCGUUUAUGAAACCGCUUAAUUGCUUUGAAUAUAAGGAAGAAAUUCAUAGUUCGGGAGCUGCGAGAAAUAUUCGAAAAGAUGCGGACAUUCUUAUAUGCGCGGUGAAAUCAGAAGGUGAUACCCAAAGUAUAGUAGACACAAUUAACACGGAAAUUACGGAUGAAGAAACAAACCCCGACCCGUUAUCAUCUCAACCGGAUUCACCGAUCCGCAAGAGGAAACGCAGUAUUGCCUCAAGUCGUAAAACCAGAAGAUCAGAGCAAAAAGAAACGAAAUUAAAUGAAGAACAAAUAUUUAAUCCUAUACCCGACCCUCCGAGAUCUAGUGGAGAAUCUAUGAGGUAUUUUCUAAUGAGUCUCUUGCCAGAAUUUGAGACGAUGACAGAAGAACAGUCUAGAAUAUUUAAAAUUAAAGUAAUGAUGCUUAUAGAUGAUAUAAAAACAAAUUAUCAUAAAAUAAAACAAAACGUCCCUUCUUUAAAUGAAUCGGAUCGUCUACAAAAGCGUUUAAUUAAUUUGUUGUUGAAAAAUCUAGAACACACUCGUAAGUCAUGAUUGACAAUAAUUUUAAAUCGUAUUUGUAA